AUGCUGUUGGAGUGGAUAUGUUUCUACAGAAGGCUCUCCGUUAUCAAACUGGUAUUCCGUUUCUCGUGCUCUCCAACUUUGCCAGGAGAAGGACCAGAUGACGGUGAUAGUGGGAAUGAAAGCAGGAGCGGAAGCGAGGAAACAAAUGUUUGCGAAAAGUGCUGCGCGGAAUUCUUCAAGUGGACUGACUUUCUGGAACACAAGAAGAACUGUACUAAAAACCCGCUUGUGUUGAUUGUGAACGAAGAUGAAGCUGCUCCUCCCUCUGAAGAAUUCCCGGAGCCCUCGCCUGCUAGCUCUCCCAGCGACCAAGCAGAGAGUGAGGCUGCUGAAGAAAGUGUUCAGGCCGAGAACAAUGAGAUCUGCGAGGUAAAGAAUGCAGAGAAGGAAGACGAACCUAUGGAGAUAGAGCCUUCUGCAGAAAAGAGUUACCCCAGUCAAGGCACCACUAGCACAGCUACGACACUACCUCAGAUUAGUGAACCAUCUUCCUUGACAAGUUAUAACAUGCCAAACACUAAUGUAACCUUAGAGACUUUGCUGAGCACUAAAGUGGCUGUUGCACAAUUCUCACAGAGUACAAGGUGCGCGGCUACUGCAACCACGGCCAGUGGGGUCACGGCAAUGGCCAUCCCAAUGAUUCUCGAGCAGCUGAUGGCCUUGCAGCAGCAACAGAUUCACCAGUUGCAGCUAAUUGAGCAAAUCCGGAGCCAGGUGGCCAUGAUGAAUCGGCAGCCGCUGCGUCCCACUCUCAAUCCAGCUGCUCCUUCUCAGAGCGCUCCUGUGCAAGCCUCUAACCAGCUCCAAGGGUUUGCCGCAAACUCUGCCCUUCAGUUAGCAGCAGUCGUUCCUUCUGCCAUAGUGGCGCAGGCCACUAGCAACCCACCAACUGCCUUUGAGAGCUCUCAGCACAUUUCAAGGCCUACGUCGGGCGCAAGCACCCCGAACAUGUUAAGCAACGGUUCUUCUGCCCCCAAUGAGUCAAGCACACCGUCCUGUUCUAAUGCAAUCACUGCUUCAUUAACACCCGUUUCUGUGUCAAAUAGUACUAGCAGCUGUUCCCAGCCCCAAAAUACUCUGACUCCACCUUCAAUAGGACCUGGAAAUCUCCUCACCUCAGCUUCCAGCCUGCCAAACCCACUUCUACCUCAGACGUCAUCCAGUAGUGUGAUUUUCCCCAACCCACUGGUUAGCAUCGCUGCGACUGCUAAUGCAUUGGAUCCUCUGUCUGCUCUUAUGAAGCAUCGCAAAGGGAAGCCACCAAACGUAUCUGUGUUUGAACCCAAGACAAGUUCUGAGGAUCCUUUUUUUAAACACAAGUGUAGGUUUUGUGCCAAGGUCUUUGGGAGUGACAGUGCUCUGCAGAUACACUUGCGCUCACACACCGGAGAAAGGCCCUUUAAGUGUAACAUAUGUGGGAAUCGGUUUUCUACGAAAGGCAAUUUGAAAGUCCAUUUUCAGAGGCAUAAGGAGAAGUAUCCACACAUUCAGAUGAAUCCAUAUCCGGUCCCAGAAUACCUCGACAAUGUUCCCACUUGUUCUGGGAUUCCGUACGGAAUGUCGUUGCCACCCGAAAAGCCAGUUACUACGUGGUUGGAUAGCAAGCCUGUGUUACCAACCGUCUCAGCUUCAAUUGGGUUGCAGCUUCCCCCAACAAUACCGGGGGUGAGCAGUUAUGGAGAUUCCCCAAGUAUUACUCCUAUGAGCAGGUCACCCCAAAGGCCAUCCCCUGCGCCAAGCGAGUGCACUUCCUUAUCCCCAAGCCUAAACAACUCUGAGUCAGGCAUUCCUCUGUCUGCAGAAUCCCCACAACCAAUCCUUAGUGGUUCAGCUAUGACUAAAACGGAACCUGUCAACAUUCCUGUGACAAACGCAAGGCUAGGAGAAAAUUCUCUAACUGGGCAGGUUUCUGCAGUACCCCCAUCUCCAGUUCCUAACGCUGUUACGGACAGCAUUUCCACAAGCAUCCCGAACCCUAUGCUUCCAGCAUUGUCUGAUCAAUUCAAGGCUAAGUUUCCAUUUGGUGGUCUACUAGACUCUAUGCAAACAUCAGAAACCUCAAAACUGCAACAGCUCGUAGAGAACAUCGAUAAGAAGAUGACGGAUCCAAAUCAAUGUGUCAUUUGUCACCGUGUGCUCAGUUGUCAGAGUGCUCUCAAGAUGCAUUACAGAACCCAUACAGGAGAAAGACCAUUUAAAUGCAAAAUUUGUGGACGUGCAUUCACUACAAAAGGCAAUCUAAAAACACAUUUUGGAGUUCAUCGAGCGAAGCCACCACUUAGAGUACAGCAUUCGUGUCCCAUUUGUCAGAAGAAAUUUACAAAUGCUGUUGUUCUCCAGCAGCAUAUUCGUAUGCACAUGGGUGGGCAAAUUCCAAACACGCCGUUACCAGAGGGCUUCCAAGAUGCUAUGGACUCGGAGCUUUCCUUUGAUGAAAAGAACGCAGAAACGCUGAGCAACUACGAUGAUGACUUUGAUGAAAAUUCCAUGGAAGAGGACCCAGAGUUAAAAGACAACACAAAUGACUCCUCCAAACCUCUUCUACCUUAUUCCACUUCAUGCCCACCUUCCCCCCCAUCUGUAAUUUCUAGCAUUACUGCUCUGGAAAAUCAAAUGAAAAUGAUUGAUUCUGUCAUGAACUGUCAACAGUUGACCAAUCUGAAAUCAUUAGAAAAUGGGUCAGGGGAAAGUGACCAUUUAAGCAACGAUUCCUCGUCCGCUGUUGGAGAUCUGGAGAGCCAGAGUGCAGGGAGCCCUGCAAUGUCUGAAUCUUCUUCAUCCAUGCAGGCGCUGUCCCCUGAAAACAGCAUCAGUGAAAGUUUCAGAUCAAAAUCCCCAGGUUUUAGCAACCAGGAAGAACACCAAGAAAUACAAUUAAAGACAGAAAAACUUGACAGUCCACCACCACCACCACCUACUGUUGAAAAUGGAGGUGCACUGGAUUUGACAGCCACCAACCCGGGAAGGCCACUCAUCAAAGAAGAAGCUCCUUUUAGCCUGCUGUUCCUGAACAGAGAACGUGGUCCCAGCCAAAGCACUCCUAGCCUGGUCACCAGCACUGCGCCUACUCUGAUCAAAAUGGAAGUGAACGGUCACAGCAAGCCGAUCUCAUUGGGCGAGGUCCCGUCGCUUCCAGCUGGAAUCCAGGUUCCUGCUGCACCACAGUCAGUGAUGAGCCCGGGCAUCACUCCUAUGCUGGCACCACCGCCACGCCGGACUCCCAAACAGCACAACUGUCAGUCAUGUGGGAAGACCUUCUCCUCAGCAAGCGCACUGCAGAUACACGAGCGCACCCACACUGGUGAAAAGCCAUUUGGUUGCACAAUCUGUGGUAGAGCUUUUACCACAAAAGGGAAUCUUAAGGUUCACAUGGGAACUCAUAUGUGGAAUAAUGCCCCUGCCCGGCGUGGCCGUCGACUGUCUGUGGAAAACCCCAUGGCUUUGUUAGGUGGUGACGCUCUGAAGUUUUCUGAAAUGUUCCAAAAGGAUUUGGCAGCUCGGGCCAUGAAUGUUGACCCAAAUUUUUGGAAUCAGUACGCUGCAGCUAUUACUAAUGGACUUGCAAUGAAGAACAAUGAAAUUUCUGUCAUACAGAACGGAGGCAUUCCCCAGCUCCCAGUAAGUUUAGGCGGAAGUGCCAUUCCGUCUUUAAGUAACAUUACCAGUGGCAUGGACAAAGCGCGCACCGGCAGUAGCCCUCCCAUCAUUGGCUUGGACAAAGCGAGUUCUGAAACGGGAGCCAACCGCCCAUUCACAAGGUUUAUUGAGGAUAAUAAAGAGAUUGGCAUAAAUUGAAAGCAUUCAAGUAACAAGUAACUGUUGGACCACUACUCAACACAACAUUUGUUCUUUCAUGUACAGUUUUGGGAGUUAAGCAUUAGUUUCGUGACCUAAUUGCCUAGGUUCCCUUUAAGAUUUUUACCCCCAUAGCAGAAAUACAUAACUUCGUGUCCGCUGAAAAGUUGUCUUGCAAGAUUUGCAUGGCACUGCUUUCAACAGUGAGCUGACUGUUAGCGAGAACUGCAGAACUCUUUAAAUUUAAGUAAAAUGAUAAAUCAUUGGAUAAGCUGCAUUAGGGACUGAAGGAAGCUAAAUUGUUUCAAUUUAUGUUCUUUAACAAAACAAAACGACACCAAUUGAGUAAAAGGGGGCUUCUCAAUGGCAUUUUCAGCCCAGCUCCUCACUUGCUGGUUUUGUUCCACUUAGCUAGAAACUUGAACUAUGUUUUUAGAAAUCCUCUAACACUCAAUAAGUGAUUUAGUACCCUGAUGCUGUGUAUGAUUACAGUAUUCUUGUCUGUAGUAUUUAUAAUGUAAAGAUAAUGCGGGUAACAGACAAUAUA